ACCGCUUCCACCUAACGUAAAAAAGGGCGUCAAAGUGGGCAGCGCUUUUCUUGAGCACGCCAAUGGGCAUCAUUCCGAUGCUAAUCUGCUACACACUCAUUCCAUGCAACCUACUACGUGGCACAUCUCUAAUCGCCAAAUAAAAAACGCACGUUUCUAAAAGACCAACAAUCUCAACAGUCAAAUCCCCGAAAACGGGUCCCACGUUUGUCCACGUCAUCGUCCGACGUGGCACUCCAACCAGGCGAUCUCCUUGGCGACGCCGCCGACGCCGCCGCCACCGCCACCGCCACUGGCUGCUCUAAAACCCUACUCUCCCUCUUACAAUAAUGAAUCUCAAAAUCUGAAAAUUCCACAGUGCGAAACCGAAAUCGAACGCGAAAUUGAGAUGGAUCGGUACCAGAGAGUAGAGAAGCCGCGACAGGAGACGCCGAUCAACGAGAACGAGAUCCGGGUCACCACUCAGGGCAGGAUGCGCAACUACACUACAUACGCCACCACUCUCCUCCAGAUUGUUCUCAAAGCCAUGGGUAGAGCUAUAAACAAGACAGGAAUGAUAGCCGAAUUGAUUAAGAGAAGGAUUGUUGGUCUUCAUCAAAACACAUCAAUUAGUUCUACUAAUAUAACUGAUACGUGGGAGCCUCUUGAAGAAGGCCUUCUUCCUCUGGAAACCACUCGUCAUGUGGCAGUGAUAACAAUUAUCCUGUCCAAGAAGGAACUAGAUACAUCCUUUGCAGGGUAUGUUUUGUAUCCAGAGCUCAUUGGUUGGUGUUUUGUCCACCAUUCAUCAACUUAUAGCUCAACCCCACAGAAAACCACUCAUGGACAGUAUCAACCACCAAUUUCUGCUGAUCAAGUGAAACCAUUAAUUGAGGAUGAUCAUGAACGAGAGGGCUCUCCCAGAAUGCGGGGUAAAGGACGUGGUGGUCGAGGAAGGAAUGGAGUGAAUAAUAAUGAUAAUAACUAUAACAAUGGAGUGGUGGAGUAUAAUGGCAAUGGGGUUUCCGUGGGCGUAGAAGAGUUUAUGUUGGUGGAAACAUGCAACAAGAAUCAGGUGGUUACAAUGACUAUAGGGGAGGUUACAAUGACUAUAGGGAAGCAAUACCUGCUCGUGGACGUGGACAAGGGCGUGGCAGAGGCAGGGGCAGGGGUCGUGGGCGAGGCUGGACUCAGGAUUCUAGGUCAUGGUCCUGUCCAGGCUGCUACAUGAUGUCUACACAGUGAGAUUUGCUGUGCAGAAAGUUCAGGAUGCCUGCUUUGCUUUUGUAGCCUAGGAUGAAAACGGGUAGGAAAAAAAAAUAAUAAUAAAGAAUGGAUUUUGGU